GCGAUAUGGUGAUGAUUGGAAGUCCUUGUUGUGCCACCAUCUAGACCCACCGGGGCUAAGGAAGUCAUAACAUAAAAGGCGAACAAAAGCGAUAGAAUACCACCUUCCGAGUCUCCAGCCUUGAAUUGUCCGUUCGAAUCUGCAAUUUAACAAACUCCUCAUUGCUAGCUUACCAGUGUCAUCGCUGCUCUUUCAAAUAGUCAUGGAGAAAAAGGCCAACAAAUGCGAAUCGUCAUAUAUUGAUUUUCUCGAUUCAGAGCUCGUUUCUCUCCAAGCUGGUCAUGCCGGACGUUUAUUUAAAAUUCAUCGAAAGCUGCUCGGCUUGAAAUGCGAACCAGUGAUUGCUGCCUUGGAUGGGAGUUUCGAUGAGGGCCGACAGGGAAUAUACAGAUUUGACGAAACGACAGAAGGAACAGUUACACGCUUCAUUGAGUGGGCAUACAGGGGCGAUUAUCCUACUGUGAUCAGCAAAAUCGAGCCCGUCCGAAAGUCACUUCCGCACGGUAUUGAAGCAGAUGUCGAGGAUAAGCCUAUUAUUGCACCCCCAGCGGCGGAUUUUACUUCCGAGAACCAUCCACUACUGGUCCACAUACGUCUGUAUAUCUUCUCAGGGACAUACCUUAUCCCUGAGCUUCAGCAUCUGGCUUUCGAAAAGGUGACUGCCUGUUUCAUGGAUCUGGAAAAACCAAAUCGUCUUGAUACGCAGCUUGCAGUUAUUGAUGCUGUGCGGCUGUCAUUUCUCAGACUCCAUGAGCAUGACGCUUUAUUAAACUGGCUGAGUCAAUACUCUGCAUAUUGUAUUGACAAGCUCCGGUUGCAAAGUUCCUUUCACGAUUUUCUCAGAGACUUUCCAAUUUUGAGCUCACGAAUGAUGCUUUCAUUGAAUCCGGCAUCAUCCCCACCUUGGAAAAUCACGCAGCCAAAAUAUCCGUUUACCCACUACUCUCCCGGUCGAUCGGCUGAAACUAAGUACGAUUACUGAAAUGGUGGGAAGAUACAGUGAGUGGUCAGUGUGUCUCAGUUGCAACUAUGACAGAAAGGUGUCCGUGCGAAUCAAUGAAUGUUCUUAUUUUGCAAGCCGUUGAUAAAUCAAUGCGACU